AUGAAAUUUCCCUGGAUCCUGAAGAGAGGGCUCAUUCCGGCCACCCGACUCAGAUUCACAGGGCACAUGCAAACAAUAGUUCGAAACAUGGGAGACCUGAACAACACAGAGGCGAUGAGGGAGCAUGUGAAGCCAGCCCAUGACUCCACGUACGAGUUCAAAUCCUUUGCAAUCCGUCCCUGCGAUGAAGACCAGGACAUACGCAAGCGGUACCGUCCGUUCCUUUUGAGCGAUGAAAUCUCCGAAUCAGAUUGGGUGUCGAAGCUCGAAUUGGCCACAGCGGCGAAAAUGGUCGACACUGAGCUGCUCGUCCAAAAUAAGGACAGGCUAAAGAUCCUCGUGCUUUACGGAAGUCUUCGGGCGCGAUCAUUCUCCAAGCUUCUUGCGUAUGAGGCAUCACGCAUUCUCUUCCGCCUCGGCUGUGAUGUAAGAGUGUACGAUCCAGCAGGUCUCCCAGUCAAGGAUGAUGAGCAGCACGACCAUCCCAAAGUGCGUGAGCUUCGGGAGCUUAGCAAGUGGAGUGACGGGCAUGUCUGGAUCAGUCCCGAACAACACGGGAACUUAACCGCCGUCUUCAAGAACCAGAUCGACUGGAUCCCACUCUCAACCGGCUCUGUCCGACCCACUCAGGGGAGGACCCUGGCUAUUGCGCAGGUCAAUGGCGGUUCCCAGUCGUUCAAUGCCGUCAACUCUCUGCGUAUUCUGGGCCGUUGGAUGAGAAUGUUUACCAUUCCAAACCAGAGUUCCAUCCCGCAAGCAUGGACGCACUUUACGGAUGCCAAUGAUCCUGUGGAUGGAGGAAACCGACUGAAGCCAAGCUCCAACAGGGAUAGGCUGGUGGAUUGCAUGGAGGAGCUGGUCAAGUACACCAUUGUUAUGCGGCCACACUUUGAUCUCUUUGGGGACCGGUUUAGCGAGAGGGAAGAGGCAAAGGUUAAAAAGUGAACAACGCCCUUUGCGGUUUGAUAUGUCUUGUUGGGAACUACCUAGACUUGAGCCGUCUUUCUGUGCCACAGCAAUCUCUCACCAAAGACUGUAAAUACUGGCCGUUGUUGUUUAAUCGACCCGAUCAGCGUUACCACUGUCUCAUCCCCAGGCCUUCCCCAUCUCGUCUACCUACACUGGGCUCUUCUUAUGUUGGUUUGGCUGGAAUCUCUUCUUCCGAGCGUUAACUUUGUUCCCGCCGCCGGCUUGCUCUGUCUGGUUUUUUACUGACUGGUCCUCGGGUUUGCGCUUCUUGACAGGUCCACCUACCUGUGUUCACAACGAUAGCAGUGCCAGCAACACUGUUGCCGUCCCCAGAAAUUCCAGCACGACUGAAGUUGUCCACAGUUCUAGCUCUAAGGCGAAAAGUUCAUAAGUUCCUGAGCAGUAUC